AUGUCAAACCAAAGUUUUGAAAGAUUACUUCAACUAUUGCAACUUCAUCUGAUGAAGCAAAGUUAUAGAGCAUUAUCUCCAGAACAUAGAUUGCUUAUCGCUUUAAGAUUUCUUGGAACUGGAGACCAAACAUCAUUUAUUGCUCUAGAUUUUCGAGUAGGAGAAUCUACAGUCAGAAUGAUCAAUAAAGAAGUAUGUUCUGUUAUUGUAAAAAUUUUACAGCCAUUAUAUCUCUCUCCACCAACAAAAGAAGAAUGGACUCAUAUUGCUUUUAAUUAUUGGAAGAGAUGGCACAUGCCAAAUUGUUUUGGAGCAAUCGAUGGCAAGCACAUUAUGUUGAAAUGUCCACCUAAUUCUGGAAGUUCUUACUAUAAUUAUAAAAAACAACACAGUAUAGUAUUAAUGGCAGUAGCUGAUUAUAGAUAUAAAUUCACUCUAGUAGAUAUAGGAGCCUAUGGAGGCAAUAGCGAUGGAGGUAUUUUUGCAGACUCUGAAAUAGGUGUGUGUUUGAAAAAUAAUGAUCUUAAUUUGCCAAAGGAUAUAACUGCAUUACCUGGCUGUGAUGUUAUGAUAUAUGGAUAUUUCGUAGCAGAUAAUGCUUUUCCACUUUCAACCAGAAUAAUGAAACCAUAUUCUGGCAAACAGUUAUCAAAUAAAAAAAAAAAUUUUUAA